CUGCAAAACUGCAAUUUUCCAAUCGUGCACGAAGUCGCAUUAUCAAUAGGAUUAGAGAAGGUUAAAAAUGUUAACUCUACGUGGGAUUUGUUGUGGUCUGACACACCCAUGGAUACUAAAAAAUUUAAAAAUUUAAAAAAUUACCAAAAAAUAAAUCAUUUUCCGGGAAUGUCAGAAAUUUGUCGAAAAGAUUUAUUAGCCCGAAACUUAAAUACGAUGAUGAAAUAUUUUAAGGAUGAUUAUAACUUUUUUCCUCAGACUUGGCAUUUACCAUCAGACUAUGCAAAACUACAAAAUUAUAUGAAUAAACACAAAACAAAUCAAACAUACAUCAUAAAACCAACUGCAGGUAGCCGAGGAACUGGGAUAUAUCUGACGAAAUACUUGAAAAAUAUUCUUCAGUUCGAACAAAUGAUUUGUCAACUAUAUAUUUCCAAUUUAAUGCUGAUAGAUGGCUUUAAAUUUGAUAUACGCGUGUACACAUUAAUUGCAUCAUGUGAUCCACUAAAAAUAUACAUAUACAACGACGGUCUUGUGAGGUUGGCCACGGUACCGUACAAAAAGCCUACCGACAAAAAUAUGAACAAUGCCUUUAUGCAUUUAACCAAUUACUCGGUGAACAAAUACAGUGAUUUGUAUGUAGACAACGAAAUCGUCGGAAGCAAACGGCGAAUAACGACACUUAACAGUUGGCUCAGCAAAAAUGGCCACGACGUGAAGGAAAUGUGGAAAAAAAUCGACGAUGCCAUCAUUAAAACAAUCAUCUUGGCUUAUCCGUGUGUUAGCCACAACUAUAAGACUUGUUUCAGCGGGCAUUUUCACAGGCAUGCAUGUUUCGAGAUACUCGGGUUUGACAUCAUUUUGGACGAAAACUGUAAACCGUAUCUCUUGGAAGUAAAUCGUUCACCGGAUUUGCAUACAAGCACUGCAAUUGAUAAAAUAGUGAAGCGACAGUUAUUAACGGAUACAUUUAAAUUAUUACAGUUAGAUAAAAGCUAUAAAAACGCUGCUUUUACGGAACAGAAAUGGAUAACUAGGCAGCGUGCUCUUAAAGCUGAAAAAGAUGUUUUCAAACAAAGAAAAAUUGAUUGUAAAUUAAAAUAUGAACAACAAUCUAACGAAUGGGAAAUCCAAAAUAUGGGAAAUUAUAGAUUGGUAUUCUCAGAAAAAAAUAGGAGUUUAUAUGAACAUUUUUUUUAUCAAAAUGAAAAUAAACUUUAUCAAACAAAUUAUCGUCAGUCAUUAUCCCUAGUGCCUGUGAUACCAAUUCAAAAACAACUUGAAAAAGAACCAAUCAAGAAAAAAAGUGAAAUUAUCAAGUACACAUCUUUAGGUAAUGAACAAACAAAACAAGUUAUUGACCGUACAAACAGCAUCAAAAGUCGAAUUGUUAGAACUGUCGAAGGUUCAAAUUCUCGUGAAAUGAUCGAAAUUAUGAAAAAGAAGAACAAGAAAAAGUUUCCCAAUGUUGAGUCCUGUCUGUACAAUAAAUACUCUAUAAAGAAGAAAUGCUUCAAAAGUGGCUGGCAAAGCGAGGAUAUCGACCAGAUAGAAGAAAAUCUUAGGCUCGACAACAAUUUUCAGCGAGCGGAAAAUGUUUUUAAACUCGGCAUUAAAGAAUACAUUUAUAAAGCAUUCGAGAAAAUGAAUAAUAUUGGUGAGAUAGACCGCAAUGACUAUAAGAAAUAUCAACAAAAAAGAGAAUUUUUUGGAUACAAACAACAUACGUAUAGUAUCAUACAUAUUAAUUUUGACAAACGUACGUACGUUGAAGAAAAAAAAAUCUAUAUAUCUGAAUGA